CCUCAAAACAAUCCCCUGCUGCUGAAGGCAGACAUAAGUAAAGAUGAAACUACGAGAAGGAGAUGGGAUAUCUUGUUCUGUAUAGAAGAUUGGGAUUUCAAAAUCAGGAGCAAAUACCUGAUAACCUUUGAAGUUACUUGUCUACAUUUAGCUAACAUCCUUGUGUUAUAGUCAUGGCAAGUGAAAGUCAUUUUAAGAAGCAGAAAACUCGCAGCCAGGAAUUGUCGGAGGAUUUUGAUUUGAUUGUGAAUGAAAUUAACGAUUUUAUUGCUAUUUUAGAGGAACAAGGACACAAGCCUAGUGUGCCGUUACCAUUGGAUACUGGACAGGAAGUUGAUUCGGAAACUUCAUCCCUGUCUCUCUCGCCACGAAACACCGUCAUCCACAUCAAGGACACUGAUCUCUACCUUCAGCAACAGGAGAGUUCCGAACCCAUCUACGAGUCGUUUGACGAGGUCCAUGAAUGUCCGUAUGAGUCGAUACAGAAUGUGAGACCGAAACCAAAGGCGAUAGCCACAGCUAACCUCAUACCCCAGGCCUACAAACCCCUCCCCAAACCCAAACCCCUCAACCUCAGAAAAAUGGGGGAGCCAGGGAACCCGCCAAAAAGGGUCAAGGCCAUUCACAACUUUAAAGGCACAAACAAUGAUGAGCUGUGUUUGAACAAAGGUGACAUAAUCACGGUGUCUCAGACCAUGGACGGAGGGUGGUGGGAGGGAACACUGAAUGGAAAAACGGGCUGGUUCCCCAGCAACUACGUCAAGGAACUCAAAUCUGAUAUUGUUACACAAGAUAUCCCAGGGAAGAGACAGUCAGGGGCCCUCAAAGGGGACGUUCAGGUUUAUAAACGAGAGAGCAUGCAGUAUUAUCAUAAUGUGGUUUUACAGAAUGUGAUUGAAACUGAGAAAACUCACGUCCAAGAAUUAACAACAGUGUUACAAACUUACAUUCAGCCAAUUCAUAACUCAUCCAUACUGACCCCCACGGAGUACGCUCAGCUGAUUGGGAACAUUGAGGACAUCAUAUCAUUCCAGAACACUUUUCUAUUAGCCAUUGAAGAGUGCAUGAAACAGCCCCCUCACCAGAGAAGGGUAGGAGGGGUGUUUCUUAAGUACGCCCCUCGUGUCAAGGAGCUCUAUAUGGCUUACUCAGCCAAUCACCCUCAGGCCGCUGCUAUUCUACAAAACAAAAGAGAUGAGCUGAAUAAGUUUAUGGAAUCUAUUGGUGCUAGUAAAGGAACAAUGAUGUUGACAACAAAUCUGUAUAAACCAUUUACCCGGUUAGACAAGUACCCAAGUCUUCUAAAGGAGCUAGAGAGGCAUAUAGAGGAGAGUCAUAUAGAUAGGGGAGAUACUCAGAGAGCUAUAUCUAUAUACAGGGAAAUAGCUAAUGCUUGCAUGGAAAUUAGAAAGUGUAAGGAGAUGGAGUAUGAAAUAUUAACAAGUUCUAUAAAAGGCUGGGCAGGGGAGGAGAUAGCUAAGCUGGGGGAGGUGGUCCGACUGUCCCAGGUACAGGUGACCUCCCUGAACGGAGACAAGAAUGACCGCAUAUUUGUCUUGUUCCCCGGUCUGCUGCUUAUGUUGUCUAUGAGCCCCAGACUCAGUGGAUAUCAGUACGAGGGUAAACUACCACUGAGUGGGAUGACUAUAAGUGUCAUAGAGGAAGAGGAUAUGGAGUGUAGCUUUGAAAUAUCAGGUAAUAUGAUAGACAAGAUAGUUGUAACCUGUGGGAGCCCCAUGGAUGCGGCUGGGUGGGUGGAGGCCCUGGGGAAGGACAGUGCCCAGGUGACGGUGAUGAAUGGGCCCAGCAAUAAAACUAUACAGGAGACUCGUUCUCUGCCUAACUCCAGUACACCUGACAUAGAUAUGGCAAAACAGAUUACCACUUAUGGAGAGAUUUCGACUUCUCAGCCCAGUAUCAGUUUGUUGACGCCGGCUAAGACGGCGCUGGUGACACAUUCCACGUGGACCAUGUCAUGUCUCCGCCCCUCCCCGCCCCUCAGACAGCACCUCCCGUGUAAGGAGGAUCUAGUCAGGAGUCCGCGUAUGGGCAGGAAACCAGUCAGACGGAAACCAGUGCGGACGCACUCACAGGAUGAGUAUGAUUAUAAAUACAAAUGGCGACAAUAUGAUCCCAGAACAAUGGAGGAGGAUGCACUGAUUCUGAAAGUGAUCGAGGCGUACUGCACUAGUGCUAAAACAAGACACACUGUCAACUCAUUGGACCUUAAGAAGCUACGUCUGAGUGCGGAGGGAACCGUGGAAGCUAUUGCUAAAGAAAAAUUUACGUUGGUGAGACCCCUUCCUAACCCUAAUCUUGGUACCAUUAAUGAAAGUGUGAAGAAAGCGGACAUUGCCGUCCAAGCCCUGCCUAAAGAAUCCGUAAACAUUGUGAAACCAUUACAGUCCGAGGGUACAGGCACACCUAACGUUAUCCGACGCGACGUCGGCAUCCAAGCUUUCGUGACCUGCCCCCACGUCCUGAUGCCAGAGGAAGAGAAGAUAAUUAUAGACGAUGGGGAUCCCUCCAACCUUCAGGAAAAGACAUUGGUGGACACAGUUUAUUCUUUAAAGGACCAAGUUAGAACUCUAGAACAGGAACACAAGAGGAUGAAGAGAGAUUUAGAAGAGGAACAGAAAGCCAGGAGAAAGCUACAAUCUACAAUCAAAAAAGUCUUCAAAAACAACAACCUUCUAUGGGAAGAAGCACCUACGUAAAUUAUCAGGAAAUAGUGGUACAGCUCAUUGUGAUAAAUAUGUAUCUUAGUAGAAAAUGAUAUAUACUAUAUAAUAAUUAGAUUAUGAAAUGGAGAAUUACUCAAUUCUGCUUGAAAAAAAAUUUUUUUUUGUUUGACUUAAAAAUGACAAAUGCAAUAUUGUUAGUUUUAGAUUGUGUCGGAUUUUGUAAGAAUUGAGUAUGACACAAGCUUAAGAAUUUAUUGAGGAAAAGGAUAGAAAGAUAUGUGUUUUAUACAUUGUGCUGGAUAAGGGUUGUAUGAGGACCAAUAUUUCUUAUAAACAGUGCUUGCUUUUAUACAGUUUUAUAACCAGAAAUUUUUGGGUCUAAAUAAAAAAAAUAUCAUGAGGCAUAUGUAAGAUGCCAUUUUUUUUUUUUUACAAAAAUGUGUUUUUGUGGAAUAUUUGUAUCAAAUAUGAAGGAUAAUUAAAUCUGAUAUAAGAUUUUUUCAUUCAAACAUUUUUGGAAAGUGUUGUGAAUCAUCAAGAUUAUGUAUUGAAUAUUUAAAAAUGUAGUACUGAUCAUGCAUUUUGAAGAAUAUCUUUAUUGUGUUCUUUGAUGAAAUUAUGAGAUUUGAGUCAUUUUGUUUGUCAAAAUAAUUUUUAACAGUGCUUUGACUCUUUCAUAAUGGUUUGUACUUAUGAAGUUGUGGUAUAAAAUUUACAUUUAUACAGAUUAUUUAUUUACAAUUUUGUAGUAAAAAGCUCUUUCUAAGUUGUACAGUUUUUGAAUUGUACUUUGUAAAGUACAUACAAUGUGUGUGCUCUCAUUUUCACACAUUUCAUUUUUUUUCUUGAGUAUUUUGUACAGAUAUUAAUAAUAAAAAACUUUUCCGGUCUAGAAAUUGAAGUGAAAGCUCAGUAUUAAAAAAAUUGUAACAUUUUAUGUCUGAAAAUCAGAAAAGCAUAAUAUCCAUCACUAGUUUGUACAUGUAGGUUGUGUUCUAAGGUUUUAUGUUUAAUUCUAGUGUAGGGAAAUACUUCAUUACUUGUAACACUGGUCUCUCUCAGCUGAGAAGGUAGUUGUAUUUUGUGCCAAAUAUGCUUAAUAUGUUGUAUACACAGAGAAUUUCCCAGAUUUACAUCAAUUAUCAAACAUAAAAGUGGGGAUGGGGGAUGCUGCAAGUUAACUAAAUAUGUACGUAGUUUAGGAUAAAUGGAUUAUAUUUUAUAGUGUUGAGCUUCAAAACAGUGCAUAAUUGAUAAUGGAAAUGUUGGACGAGCAUGUUAUGAUUGAAAAAAUUAUAUGAUUAAGUCGAUGACUUGGAAUGUGUGGUAAUUAACUUAUGAGAGUGUAGUUUGUCUGUGUGAAAACUAAUGGGAAAUAUAAUAUGUGAGCUGUCAGUAAAAACAUUGUGCAAUACAUUGUUUUAAAUAAUUGGACAUUUGAUUUGUCUCCUUGUCUAAUGUAUAUUGCAAGUUUAUGCAACAAAAUUCGAAAUAAAAUAAUUGCAAAGAUUCA